UUUUUUAGACGUUGCACACUAUUAAACGUUAGCUAUCAGUUUUGUUGCUACUAUGUUCUUUUAUACUGUGUAUCAUAGGAUUCUUACGACACAUUUUUCUUUAUUAGGUGAGGAGAGGACUUAUUUGAGUUCAGAUAGUAUUGAUCCAGCUGAUUUAAAAUCCAAAGAUGACUCUGUUUUUUCUCCAGAGUUUUUGAAUAGUAUCAAAACAUCAGGAUUACCUAAUCAUGCUCUAAGGCUUAGGAUUGGUACACCAGUUAUGCUGAUUAGAAAUUUGGAUCCCACAGAAGGACAAUGUAAUGGGACAAGGUUGCAGAUUACUGGGCUGGCUAAACAUAUUCUUCAAGCGAAAAUCAUCACUGGAACUCGAGUUGGUGAGACGGUUUUUUUACACCGAGUCUUGAUAGAGCCCUCAGAUUCAAAGCUUCCUUUCAAAAUGAGACGUAGGCAAUUUCCCCUGAAAGUGGCCUUUGCUAUGACCAUCAACAAGAGCCAGGGUCAAACACUAUCUAAUGUGGGUUUGUUUCUACCAAGACCUGUUUUUUCACAUGGGCAAUUGUAUGUGGCUGUGUCAAGGGUAAAGUCAAGGAAGGGAUUGAAAAUUCUGAUUACUGAUAAAGACCAAAAACCUCAAGAUUCAACCCUCAAUGUUGUAUUCAAGGAAGUUUUCCAGAAUCUGUUUGAAAACUGCAAUGCAAAAUAGUUUUCGUGGAACUAAGCUAAUGCUUCCAGGUUUUGAAGCAGAGAGUCAUGAAAUCAAUACGUACUAGAAUGUAAGCCUUCCCUCGAAACAGUACAGAUGAACCUUAAUUCGCUAUGUUUAUAUGUAUAUUAAUUGCCCUUAGUUUGCUUGAUUUCUAUUUUCUGAAAGGAAAUGGCGAGAACGAGCAUGCAGCAAUACUUUUCAGAGAAGAGAAAAUAAGUUUUAUUGUUUCACAUAGCCUACCAGAAAACCUAAUCAAGACAAUAUUGUUUCACUAUCAACAUGGUUCCAUAUUUGGAUUUUAAACUCACCAGUCGUACUAUAGUAGUUUUAUCAUAUUUUCAUUCUGCAUCUACAAUUGAAAAUUUGGAAAACUUACAUGUUUGGCUUAUUUGACACCCUUGGAAUUGUAGACGUUUCACGGUUCUUCUUUUAAAUUUGUUCCAUUAUCUUUUCAUUCCUGUAUAAGAAAAUAUAAUGCAUAGAUAAGUUGGUAUUUAAUAGAUUUUAUAACAGUGAUGACAAUAAAAUACAAGUUUACAUUACAUAUAAUAUGUAAGUGCACUAUAUUUAAAUUCAAAUAGUUUUCUCACUUUUAUUUACAGAGGAAAUUAUUGUUACAAAUUUUGUGAACCCUAAUGAAACUACAUUAUCACGACCAGAGUGUUUUUAGCAUUUUUCAUUGAAAAAUUUUCGACAUCUCCUAUAUAUAUAGUCUGGUCUAUCGGCAUGCAUGCAGCAUAAAAAGUUAUGUUUACUAUAUAUACAGUAUGAUAAUUUUCAACAUACAUGUUUUAAAUUAUUUUAUUGACAUUGAUUGCUUGGUGAGCAAGCCUUCGGCGCUUUUUGUGGAGGACAUGUAUCCUUUUAGCCCUCUAUAUAUAAAACCAGGGUUUUAUUUUCAAAUAUUGGGAAAUACUGUCAGAAAAAAAAACAUAAGCUGUUAGAGUUGACUACUUCAUAAUACAGAAUAUAAAUAUAAAUAUAAAUAUAAAUAUAAAUAUAUGUGAAGUGUAUAAUGUCUUAAUGUAAUUAAACCAUCUGAUGAGUUAGAUACUUAUCAUAUAAGCGAAUUCAGCAAGAUCUCCCUGUAGUAGAAGCAUUUUUUUAUCACAAGGCCGAUCAUUUUGCAUGAUUUACAAUAGUCAAUAGCAAAAAUAUAUUCUUAUUUAAAUUCCGAUAUUAAAUUGAUGCCAAAAGUAAAUGUAAAUUCGAUCAUAUCGCUUUGAUUGUCAAUUUGUACGAUAAAAAAGGCAUUGACAUAUUAUGUUAUGAACCAUUUUAAAGACGAAUAUUUUCAAUCAAUGUCAUUAAACGGAAUUACUAAAAAUAGCUUCACCAAGAUGCUGUGUACUUUAAAAUAUAUAUAUAUAUGUGUCACCUAUUCAGACUAACUAACUCAUUAUACUAGAAAAAAAUACCUGAUCUCCAUUCUAAUCUAUUGUAUCUAGCGGAGAUGAUGUCUGUCCAAACUUUGCUGGGUGACUUGAAUCUUGACAUCCGUGAGCCUGCAGUUUGUGUAACCCUCAUAAGCAAAUGGGUCACAAUUACUGGUACAAUGUUAAAGAAAUCAGCCAUGGUUUUGGUUGAUCAGAAAGUAAGGGACGUUGUACUGAUUUUUCUCUCAUAAUAACUAUAAUAUUUAGCUGAAUAUAUUUUUAUUAAAAAGAUUCUUUGUUUGAUUUAUUAUUUUCUAUUAUCUUUUAACAGGGAACUACAAUAGAAGGAACUCUAUAUGAAGAGUUGGAAGCUUCAAAUCAAAUCACCAUGGAUGAAGGUGAUUGGUUUGAAAUUCGAAAUUUCAAAUUGAUCCAUGCUUCCGGUUUGAUACGGUUGAGCACGAACCGAUAUCAUAUUGAAAUGACAAAUUCGUCGGUUAUUUCAAAAAUUCAACCAAAGAUGUUUGGGAACUACUAUUGUUUUGCCCACUUUCUCAACGUCUUACGUGGUCUCUCCCACCCAAUGUACUCUAUAGGUAUACAUGUGUUAUUUUAUAUAAUUUAAGAUAGUUAUUUUUAACAUAUAAGGUUUUGAUACUUACAAUGGUUAAAAAACCAAUGUUACCGUGUUAAUGUUUUAGAUCUUUAUGGAGCUUUGGUCGGGGUAGGGGAACUCCAGGCAUAUGAAGAUGACAUUUAUGGUGGAAUAAGCCAUAAAAUUAAUUUCUCUUUGAUCAAUAUCGGGUGUGUACUUUCCCUAUAUUUAUGUAAAUAUUUCAUUUAUUAAAGCAAUUAGAGCAAUAUAUUGCUUUGUGUUCAGACUAUAUAUUUUUGUCGACAUACAGGUUUGAUGAAAUAAAGUGUGUUGCAUAUGGAGAUAUGGCUAUCGAGUUUUAUCAUUUAUGGAACUCCACUGUUUCGUCUGUAGUUCUAUGUGUCUUGAACUUCUGGCAGAUUGAACGGGCUGAAGGUAAAUAAUAAAAUAGAUUUUCAAGGAUUAAGUUUGUUCCAAAACAAUUACUGUUAGAGUGGCUAAUAAAGGGAUAUUAUAUAUAGGUAGGUUCAAGCAUAUGAGAAACAUUGAGGGGUUCUCAAAAAUUUUGAUUGAACCUGAAAUUACAGAGAUUCAAGCAUUCCGAAUGAGGUACUAACAUCCACCAUUCUUUUACACAAUGGAAAAUGUGAUCGUGUAUACAAUGUAUAGACUUAUUAUGCAUACCGGACGUUUUAUAUGUUACAUUCAGGAUUCCACCAACCCCAUAUUGAAGUCAUAGCAGGUGAUUUGAAGAAAGAUUUCAGCUUCAGUGAAACGAGGCACCUUGAAGUUUUUUUUUGGCAAUAAUUUGUUUCAGUUUUGUUUAUGAUGCUUUUUGCAAUGUUUUCAUUCCAUAUUAUUUAAUAUACUUCAUUUGGCUUUUAUAUUAUGAGUUACUGGGAAGACGGACCUAAAUACAUUUUGGAAAAAUCCAGUGUCCAACACAAUAAAUUACAAAGUACGAAUUUUGGAACUAACCUGAACAUUUGAGUUUAGUUGGAGAUAGAGAGAUUAUCGAGGUCAAAUAUUAUAACACCGAUCUGUGACGCAGACUUGCGCGGAGAAGCUAAUUAGCUAUUCAUCGUCUCGGGGAUGUCGAAGACGGUUACCGGCGCAGAAUGAUUAACAUCAAGGAGAACGGAGCAGACUUCGAAGAAAACAAUUUCAUAUACAUGAACCGUUUGUCUAAGUUUGGCUACACAAAUUCUUUGAUCGUCAAUUAGAAAUCAAACAUGGUGAACCCUAACCCCCUUUUCUGUUUUUUUCGAUGGCAAGAGAAAAGAGUUCUAAUGUUAUCGGUUUGUUAAAAUGAAGAAAUUAGGUAGUGUUUCAACAAAAAAAAGUAAUUAGAUUAAAAUUAAUAAUUAAUAAUGGUCCAUUAGCAUAUAUGAUUUAGAUAAGCCCAUCAAUAUAAGAAUUAAAAUGUUUCAAAAAAAUCCAAAAGAAGCCCAUCGACAAUGGAGUAAUACUAUUCUACCAAAUAUUUAUGAUCCGAUCGGACACUCUCACUCUGCGCUGUAAGGUCCACAUCAUUUAUAUAAAUACAAUACACUUAUUAUUUCUUUACUAUAUUUUUGGUUUUGUCGUAUAUCUUAUGCAUUCUAAGCAAAAUUCUUAAAAUAUUUAAAAAACCUAUGGAAAAUAGCAAUAUUAUCCAAUAUAUAUGUAAUAUUAUAAAAUUUAAAAAUUAAAACUCAUCCCGCGCAGGGCACGGGUCUCAUCCUAGUAUAUAUAUAUAUAUUAAUCUUAGUAUCAUUUUGCUUUCUUUGAAAAUAUGGCUUACAUGACACGGUGAGCAGGUUGUGGGCUUUAGGUAUUUAAAAACAAAAUGUAGAGGUCACGUAGACUAAACAAGCAAACAAGAAGUGGUGCAUUUCAUGGUAAAUAGCCAUCAAACAAAAGUAUAAAAAGUUGGUGGAUAAAAAAAGUAUAUACUGUAUAAUUUGCAGAAAUAAAAGCUAAACUAGGUCAAGAAGUGUAAUUUCGAGCAUUAAACAAUAUGAUACUUGUAUUUUCAUUUGUUUGAUUCUUGCGAUGUAUAAACAAGACAAAUUGUGCAUGACAAGCGACGGCUAUAAUCAUGCCUCACGACAUAAAAGUAUAGAAUAACCAAAAAAUACCGACGAAAAACAGACAAAGUUAUGGUCGAAAAAUCAAUCAUUUAACUUUUACAAUUAGACCUGGGAAAAAUAACCGGAACCGAAGAAUCAAACCGGAACCGAACCGAAAUACCCGAAACCAGACCAAUAUCUUCAAAUAUCCGAACGGUUCCUAUAUUUUUAUAUCCGAAAUAACCGAACCGAA